AGAAAUGAUGCUGCAAGAUAAUAUUUUGAUUCAAUGGUUGAAGUAUGUCUACCUAUUUAAACUAAAUACCUUAUUUAUUCAUUAGAAAAGGAUAAAGACUUUUUUGCUUAAUAAUCUGAGUACUAAAGAUCUUAUAUUAGUGAUUAUACUGAUUGGAUGAAGGAUGUUUUUAAAAAGACUUAAAUUAAACCAGAAUAAAUUGUAAAAGUUAAAAAAAUGAAAUCUAAAUUAUAAAGUGUCAGAAAUACUAUAUCAGAGUAAUAAAAUAUAUAAAAUAUAAUUCUAGUUGUAUACAGAAUAUUAAAGUUUAAUUAAAAAUGAUUUAAGGUGAAGCUAAUAAAGUAGAUUAGAUGUGGGAAUAACUCAAGGAAUGCCUAACUCCAAUUCAAUUAGGAACAUGUCUUUUGACUAUGAAAUAGGUAUUUACAUUUAUUAGUAUUUAUUUAGAAUGCCUUUCGUUUAGAACUUCAAACAUCCUCCAUUUUUUUAUAGUUAAAGAACUCUUAAAUGGUAAAUUUAUUUUUUAAUUUAAAUAGUCAGACGAAGAUGAGAAUAUGAUUAAAUCAAAUUAAACAUCUGUUCCUAAAAACAGAAAACUUGUAAAAACAUCAAUUUAAGGAUGA